AUGCUUGCCGUUUCGUUCUUGCUCACUUUUUCUGUUCUUCCCAGGGUUCUCGCCUGGGGAAACGACGGUCAUGAAACAGUUGGCUACAUAGCUCAAGCCUUUCUGACGUCGGGCGCCGCUUCAUUCGUCUCGGAGUACCUCGACUCAUCCUACAACGGCCAGCUCGGCCCUGCUGCUACGUGGGCCGACUCUGUGAGAUAUGGAACAGCAUACGAGUGGAGCCAACCUUACCAUUUUGUGGACGCGAUGGAUUCUCCUUUGACUGGCUCAUGCUCCGUCGAGGAAACUCGUGACCGUGACAGCGAGGGGUGUAUUUUGACUGCGAUCGCCAAUUACACCAAGAGAAUCACCGACACCUCCUUGUCCAAGACGCAGCGGGACGAAGCGCUCAAGUUCCUCACCCACUUCCUGGGUGACGUCACCCAGCCGCUGCACUGCGAGAACUACGAAUACGGCGGGAACGACAUCGACGUAACGUUCAACGGGGACAGCGACGACCUGCACAGCGUCUGGUACACGGGGAUCAUCGAGCUUAACCUGAAGACCACUUAUGACAACAGCGUCACCACCUACGCGAACUCUUUGAUCUCUCGUAUCAAGAGUGGAGAUCUGACCAGUGAAGCACCGAGUUGGAUAACCUGUGUGAACCCGACGGAGAAACUCAGCAGCAGGGCGUCUAUCGAUUCCCUCGAAUGCCCCAUCGAAUGGGCAAGAGAUUCGAAUGCGUACGACUGCAGCUUCGUGUUCACAUAUACCAAACGCUCUGAUCUGGCAGAGACGAGCUACUAUACGGACGCCAUUCCUAUUAUUGAUGUCCAGCUUGCGAAGGGCGGGUAUCGUCUUGCCGCUUGGCUGCACACCAUAUUUGAUGGUUCGACCGGGCUGCCAUCGUAA